CCCCCCCCCCCAACACACACACGACAAACUAGCGCCACUGUGUGGAAAUCAAAUCUAUGGCAACUUUAUUUAUUGUACACAAUGGCUGUUUCCAUGACGCCUUGUGGCAACAACAACAAAAAUGUUAUGCCUGUAUGUUUUAGCUAUGUCAUUCCGAGCCAACAGGGAAAGAGGGAAACGACUUUGUUCAUUUGUUUUCCUCCGUUGAUCCAAAGUGGGUAAUAGUUGACAGUGGCAAUUCAUUUUGAUUUUAAUACUUGGGUACAUUUCAGUUUAUUUUUUUUAAUCAAGCAUUUAAAUUAGCUUCUACAAGAGUAUUUUUAAUGGCAAGCAUCCAUAGAUCUACUUACGUCGAGCAUGUCAAUACUAGAACCACCUCUGACUAUCACCGAUUGCUUACCGCGUUCCCCCUUCAGUCGCGUUCCUCCAUUGGUUGCAUUUACACGAGGGUGGGCUCUCUUUUCAGAGUUUGACGUGCACACUGGAGCCGAGAGAUGACUGGAAAGUUUAUUUCUGCGUUGUUUUCCUGCGCUUUGGCCACUAUUGUUGCAAAAGUGAGCGCUCGCCUCAACAAGUAGGCGCAUGGCCCCCGCGCACUGACGCACUCCGGUGCGCGCGCGCUCGCCUCGGUGACCGGACCGUGGCGUAUCCCGACAUAUACCGCCGCGUGUCUAGCAUGAGGAAGCAUGGCUUGGUUUGAGCGCGGGGUUCAGACGCUGUUGGCCACGGUGGGGGCUUUCGCCGCCUUCAGCCUCAUGAGCAUCGCCAUCGGCACAGACUACUGGCUUUACUCGCGGGCGUACAUCUGUAACGGAACCAAUGCCACCGCCGACGAGACCCAGCCGCCGCCGCCCAGGAGCAGGAAGGGGGACCUUACGCACUCGGGACUCUGGAGGAUCUGCUGCAUUGAGGGCAUCAAUCAAGGCAGCUGUUACCGAAUCAACCAUUUCCCUGAUGACAACGACUACGACACGGACAGCUCGGAGUACCUGCUACGCAUCGUGCGAGCCUCGAGUGUGUUCCCCAUCCUCAGCACGGUGCUGCUCAUGCUGGGCGGCCUGUGUGUCGGCGUUGGCCGAGUCUACGGCAAGACCAACAACAUCCUCCUCGGAGCGGGGAUUCUCUUUGUGGCCGCAGGUCUGAGCAACAUCAUCGGCAUCAUCGUUUACAUCUCGAGCAACGCCGGCGACCCCAACGACAAACGGGACGACGACAGGAAGUACACGUACUCCUAUGGUUGGUCCUUCUACUUUGGCGCCCUGUCCUUCAUCGUGGCCGAAACGGUGGCCGUCCUGGCCGUCAACAUCUACAUCGAGACUAACAAGGAGGUGCGCUGGCGGGCGCGGCGCGAAUUCAUCCGCUCCCUUUCGUCCUCGUCGCCGUACUCCCGCAUCCCCAGCUUCCGCUACCGCCGGCGGACGUCUCGGGCCAGCUCCCGCUCCACCGAGGCGUCACGGGAGAACUCGCCUGUGGCGGGCCCCAAGGGGGCCGGGGGGACGUCCCCCGGUGGGCCCCUGGAUGAGCUGUCCAUGUACACCCUGGCGCGGGACAGCGUGACGGACAACGCGUACAGCCCCGAGCACGAGGCGGCCGCCGACUUCUUGCAGGUGCACAACUGUUUCCCCAACGAUUUGAAGGACAGCGUGAAUCGCAGGACCACGCCCGUGUGAGACGCGCAAAAUGAGGACAAGCCGGCGGGACCGAAUGACUUGCGUGCUCAACAAGUGAAAAAAGUACUCACACUCUGUGCUCUGGUAGAACUCAUAAAAGUACUGAACAAUACUGAUCCAACUCCUGGACUUGAGUACAAGUACAGACUGAAAUGUCCUCAAGUGAUUUUUCCCUGUCUAUAGUUUGGCAACUUGCACAAUGAAACAACGUCCGACAGCAAAUUUGAAUCCACGACGGCUUUAUGUGUCCCUUAAAGUACUUUUGAUGCUGACUUCAAAAUAGCAGGUGAGCUAUCUUCAUAAUUCUGUUUUUCAGUUCGACCUGUUAAAACUUGCAGCAGUUGCUGAACCUGAGCCUUAAUUCAUUCAAUUCAAUUCAACUUACUAAAUGGGGACUGCUACGUGGAGCCUAACAGGGCGUGGACUCAAUGCUCCAAAGGAGCGCAACUUGUGUAAUCUUCAUCGUCAUCAUCAUCAUCCAAGUGCAUUCAGACUACUAAAGGCCUCCCCUCAACCAAGCGCCUUAGCCUUCAUUAACGAGGAGCGCCUCGUCGUCUGUCCACUGGAGCCUUGCGAGGUUGACGCACAGUAUACAAAAUGGCCGCCUCACUAUGAAGCCAUACAGCCAGCCACAUUAGCAAAGACAUUUCAUAUCAUUCCAAAUGUAUUGUGCAAAUAUCGGGUUUAAAUAUAAGGAGACAGAUAAAUAACUUACCGAAAUGUGUGUUUCUGAGUUUGUAUGUAUUUUAGCGCCCUACAAAGACUUUCAAAAAUAUGAACAGGGCAUCAUUUGAUUUCCUCAUUUUAUUUUAUUUUAUAGCUAUAUGAUUGUAAUGAAUAUGUUUAAUAGAGAUUCAACUUUGUCUGACAGCCAUGUGUACGUAUUUCCUUGACAAUUCAAUGUGUGGGAGGGAAUGUAAAGUUCUGGCUUACAAUUACAAUCAAAGUUGCAGAAAUAAAUGUUGCGGGGAAAGA